UCUAGUUGUGCUGAGGCAGUCCUGGAUGCAGACCCAGGCCAGCUACAGGUAGAAGAUGCCGUCUAUGGAGGAACCCCCCUACACUGGUGCAAGACUGCGGAGAUGUGUCGUACGCUGCUGGAGCGAGGUUGCUUGGUGAACUACCUCAGUAAGACAGGGGAGAGUGCACUGCACGUCCUGACCAAGAGGGGGCGCUUCGAUGCUUCCAUGGUGCUGCUCACACACGGGGGGGAACCCAACCUCAAGGGUCAGGAUGGGAACACAGCCCUGCAUCUGGCUAUGAAGAUGGACCACAUGGAACUGAUCAAGGCUCUGAUCGUGUUUGGAGCCGACGUGGAGAUGCACAAUGACCUGGGAGAGACUCCCGGAUUGAUAGCAGCACGCACUAGUAAAGGCUCCAACAGAAAGGUGCUACUGAACAUGCUGUGUAGUGUAGGGGCAGAGCGGUGCGCCCCACCCUCCUCCCCCCUCAACCCCCAUCCACCCCCCAAGAAGGCUGCUUCCUCACCAGGCAUAGGGUUCGAGGACAUCAUGCACGUUGCGGCGGCAGUGGGAGCGAUGAGUCGCGGCCGGGAGGAAGUGGACGGGUUCAAAACAGGAAGCAGGAAGAUAGACAGACUGCUGUGUCUGGAUGGAGGGGGCAUUAAAGGCUUGGUUCUGAUCCAGUUGUUAAUCGCCCUGGAGAAAGAGGCAGGCAGGCCCAUCAAGGAACUCUUUGACUGGGUUUCUGGGACCAGCACAGGGGGCAUACUGGCCCUGGCUAUCACCCAUGGUAAGGAUAUGGAGUAUCUGCGAUGCCUCUACUUCCGUAUGAAGGAGCAGGUGUUCAAGGGGUCGCGCCCCUACGAGUCGGCCCCUCUGGAGGACUUCCUGAAGAAAGAGUUCGGAGAGAACACCAUGAUGACAGAUGUACGGCACCCCAGGGUGAUGGUAACCAGUGUGCUGGCAGACAGACAUCCAGGAGAGCUCCAUCUCUUUAGGAACUAUGACCCCCCCUCCCUGCCCAGGGAACGCCCCUACGCUGCCACAGCCAACUUCCUUCCCCUCACCAUACCACAAGAACAGGUUGUGUGGAGAGCCGCCCGUUCCAGUGGCGCCGCCCCCACCUACUUCCGACCAAUGGGACGGUUUCUGGACGGAGGGCUGCUGGCCAAUAACCCGACACUGGAUGCCAUGACUGAGAUCCACCAAUACAACAAAUCCCUGAAAGCAGAGGGGCGUGGCUCAGAGGUGCAGCGUCUAGGUGUGGUCGUUUCUUUAGGGACAGGUAAGCCUCCCCAGGUAGUGGUGAACUCUGUCGACGUGUUCAGACCCUCCAACCCUCUGGAACUGGCUAAGAGCUUUGUAGGCGCCAAGGAAUUGGGCAAGAUGCUGGUGGACUGCUGUACAGACUCUGAUGGUUGUGCUGUGGACAGGGCCAGGUCCUGGUGUGAGAUGACUGAUACUGUCUACCACAGACUGAGCCCCCAGCUCUCCCAGGAGGUGAUGCUGGAUGAGGUGAGUGACGCCGUGCUGGUGGACAUGCUGUGGGAGACCCAGAUGUACCUCUACGAACAGAGGGAGAACAUCCAACUCCUGGCACAGCAACUACUCAACGGCUACUGAGAGGAGAGGCAGAGGCAGGGAUGGGAGCAUGCUAUGGGAAUCCCAGAUGUACCUCUAUGAACAGAGGGACAUCAUACUACUACUGGCACAACAGGGGUUUGUUCAUUACGCCGAUUCUGUGGCAAAACGUUUCGUCAACAGAAGCAAAUGGAACGAAACAGGGAGUGACCUACCAAUUUGUUCAGUAAAAACUAAUUUUCUAUUGGGGUGUAAUCAUUGUGUAGAUGAAAAAUGUACUUGAAAAAGCUCAGAGCAAAUGUCCAUCACCUGAUGGUUUGUCAGAGAGGUAGAGAGAGACACACAGAGGGGAAGAGGUAGAUAGACACACAGAGAGAGAGGGAGAUAAAAGAAGAGAGAGGGACGUUUAUUCUCUUUCAAUCUGUACUGGAGACUGAAUGUCUGUCUGAGGGUUUCAUUCUUUCUUACAGACGAAUGAAGUCAAAGUCUAAAACCUGGGGAAAGGAAGAAUCAGCUUUGCACAACAGUACUGAGACUGACAAAUUAUAUAAAAAUAAAUUCAGAAACAUUAAGACUGGAAAAAGAUAAGAAACAGAGGAUUACAGUUUGUACAAUUGACCUCUUCUUGACAUAGCCUGACGUAUUUAUUUAUUGAGCUAAUCCAAAUCCUUCAAAUAAUCAGAUUUACAUCCAAUAAAACAAAUGCAGCCACGUAAAUGAUGUGAAUCACUGUUUUGCGUCAUUAUUACACCAUACUACACCCAUAAUCCCUCCAACCGACAUCCCCAUUCAAGGUGAUGCCUUAACGGAAGGGCUGGCGGCCAUUCUGAACCUGUUCAAUAAGAAACUCUUGUUUUCGUUGCAACAUGUUCUGCUAUGAUUUGCUACGGUGUGCACUAAUGAAUACGACCCGGAUCUAUCUCUUGUAACUACCUUUGUCCUAUCAUAUCUGCCUUCUUGCUGUCUUAACCUCUCGAAUCAUAAUUAUUUCAACUGGACGGACUGUAUAAAUACCACAUUACUUGAAUAAACGAGCUCAAUGGGUUGUGAUACUAUCUAUCUGCACUAUGUGUCUGAUAUGGCGCCCUGGCCAAAAGUAUGUCUACCUAGUGAAUAGGAUGGUAUUCAGACUGACUUUCAGUUUUUAACUGAACUCCACCACUUGUUUGUAUUAAUAUCCUAUGUACGGUUGUGUAUUGGCUUUAUAAUUGAUGAUGAAGUGGAUAUAUGAAUAAAAUAGUAACCUAUGGAA